AUGCCACCACCCUCCGAACCCGACUUCAGCGCCGACCCCUACACAUGGGAAGGUCUAACAGGCUGGAAGUCCUACCGCACCCUCCGCCCCUUCCGAGGAAUCUACUGGGACAUCCGACGACGACUCCCCUACUACUGGUCCGAUUGGCGCGAUGGCCUCAACUACCGCACGAUGGCAGGCUGUGUCCGCAUCUUCUUCAUCAACCUGCUGCCCGCCCUAGCAUUCGAACUGGAUAUGAUGCGGAAUACCAAUGGCUACUUCGGGAUCAACGAGGCCUUGCUUUCCAGUGCCCUGGCCGCGUUCGUGUUUAGUCUGUUUUCUUGUCAGCCAUUGACGGUGGUUGGGAUCACGGGGUUGAUUUCGUUGUUCAAUUAUACGAUUUUUGCUAUCACUGAGCAGCAAGGGAUUGCAGAUCUCUACCCGCAGUUUCUGGCUUGGUGUAGUAUCUGGGCUGCCAUCACGCAUUGGAUUGCCGCCAUUUGCAAUUGGUCGGAUUACAUGCGGUAUAUUACCGACUUCAGUAGUAAUAGUUUCGGGACUUACGUGGGCAUCAUUUACAUGGUCAAGGGUUUCCAGGAGAUCUUGUCGACAUAUUAUGUUGCCGAUGAGGGAAGUCCUCGGGCUGCGUACCUGGGGAGCGUGAUAGCACUAUGCUACUUCUUCUCCGUUUGGGCACUGGAGAGGAUUGGGAGUACGAUACUCUUCACACCACGGAUACGGAAGCUAAUCUCUGAUUUCGCAUACCCGAUUGCGACAAUCUUCUGGACGGGUUUCAGUCAUAUUCCUGGACAUAUCAAGCAAGCCGAUCUACCACGAGUUCCGCACACUCGAGCGUUCUAUCCUAGCGUCCCACGACCGGGCGGAGUGUGGCUGGUCGACUUCUGGAACCUGCCAGUGAAGUGGGUCUUCGUCGCUCUACCCAUUGGAAUCCUGAUCACGCUCCUCUUCUACUACGAUCACAACAUCUCUUCCAUCACAGCCCAAGCCAAGCAAUUCCCGCUUAGAAAACCAGCGGGCUUCCACUGGGACUUCUUCCUGCUAGGCAUCACAUGUUUCGUCGGUGGCGUGAUGGGAAUCCCAUUACCCAAUGGUCUCGUCCCACAAGCGCCAGUACAUACAGAUAGUGUGACAGAAUACGUGGAGCUGCAUGCACGAAGUCGGGAGCAAGAUUUGAAAGAUGGGGGUGAGCAAGGCGAAGGCGACUGGAUCCAGCAUAACAGGAAAAAAAUCGAGGCGACCAAAGUCCAUGAGCAACGUGUCAGUCACUUCUUGAUGUGUCUUGCCUUUCUCGGCCUUAUGACGGGACCGCUACUGGAUGUCCUACAUACCAUGCCUCGCGCUCUGUUCGCCGGCGUGUUCUGGAUCGUAGGUUUUACUGGCCUUUCGGGCAUGAAUAUCGUGCAGAACUGGAUCUACAUCCUCACCGAGACACGUUUCGUGGACCCGAGCGAUCUGCGCACGACGCUGAAGAAGAGGCGGAUAGCAUACUACACUAUGUUUCAGAUUGCUGGAGUAGCCUUCAGUCUUGGUCUAUCCUUCACCCGAGCCUCGAUUGGGUUUCCGGUGGUCAUGAUCGCGUUGAUACCUUUGCGAUGGGUAGUGCUACCUCGCAUAUUCACGGAGCAUGAGCUGUUGGUGCUGGACGCGCCGACUGCAGAGGCCGAGGUGGUGCUGGCUUCGAUCGGUGGUCGACCGACGUUGCCGGAAGUGAGGAUGGCGGAGGAGAAGAGGAGACAGAAAGGUGAGAGUGGUGAGACGGGGGAGGGGAUCAGUACGAAGAGUGGGUCUGAGGAGACUAAGGCGGAGGGUAUGAGGUCAAGAGACGGGUUUCGGGAUGGUGAGGAGAGGGAGGUGGAGAAGGAGAGCGCGGAUGAGGAUGCGAGGAGGGGUGUACAAGCGACGCUGAGGACGGGUCAUGCUUGA